AUGUGUAAUUGUCCCGUGGGGGACCGUGUGAAGUAUGCUACGGGCACAUUCGAGGAUAGUGCCCUGACAUGGUGGAAUGCCCAGGUUCAGCUAUUGGGUAUCGAUGUGGCAAAUGCCACUACAUGGGACGAUUUUAAGGAACUCAUAAGGAAAGUGUUUUGUCCUCGGGAUGAGAUUCAGAAACAAGAGAAUGAGUAUUAUGAUCUGAAGAUGGUGGGAUCCGAGAUUGAGAUUGUUCAUUUAGCUCACAAGAUCACCGAUCAGGAGGUGGAGAGUGGUUCGUUACCACCGCGUGUUUCUGUCACUACUGCUGCUACAACCACAGCUACUACGCCUGUUAGUGAUGACAAGCGUAAAUGGAGCGAUACUGACAAAGCAACCAGUGUAAGUCAAUCUCAGAAGAAGCCUGACAACAACAGCACCCGCAGUUUCAGCCAGUCAUCCUCUGUCAACCAGAAUCAGAACCACAGUCAGACUUCCGGUUACGUAGGAAAACAGCCGAAAUGUAAUAAGUGUGGCCUCCAUCACUAUGGCCCGUGUGGCCGAGCAUGUCAACGAUGUGGCAGGGUGGGGCAUAUGGCGAAAGAUUGUAGAGCUCCACACCCUGCUAAUCAACACCAACAGUCCCAGCACCAGCAACAGAGGCAACAACCCCAGCAGAAUCGGGGUAAUCAGAGGGGAUGCUAUCAGUGCGGCAACGAAGGGCACUUCAAGAAGGAUUGCCCACAGCUGAACCAGAAUGCCAAUAACAACAAUGGGGGUAAUCGCCAGAACAAUAAUGGGGGAAACAACAAUGGGCAUAAUGGUGUAAACAACGGGAACAAUGGCGGGAAUGGUGCUCGCGGGAGAGUGUUCACUUUAGGGGCGGGUGACGCAAGGAAUGAUGGCAACGUCGUGACCGAUACGUUCUCUGUCAAUGGUAUUUUUGCUUCUAUAUUAUUCGACUUUGUUGCCGACUGGAGUUAUGUGUCUUUGGAAUUCGGUCGUCAGUUAGGAAUAACUCCAACACCCCUUAAAAACAAACACGUAGUCGAAUUAGCCGAUGGCAAAUCGAUUGAAGCCUUGCAUGUACUUUUAGGAUGUAAACUCGAUCUUCUAGGUCAAGUGUUUGACAUUGACCUUCUCCCCAUUACUCUUGGUAGUUUUGAUAUAGUCGUGGGUAUGGACUGGUUGUCUAAACACAGGGCAGAUAUACUUUGCAAGGAGAAAAUCGUGUGCGUACCACUCCCUAGCGGGGAAUUAUUAUCUGUCCAGGGUCAUCGAAGCGGUGCAACCGUCAAUAUCAUCUCAUCCAUGAAAGCCCAGAAAUGUUUACGGAAGGGCUACCCUGCUAUUCUUGCGCUUGUUACGGAUACUCGGCCAUAG